UCGAUGAUAUGCCUUCACAAAUUUAGGAUCGUUAGCCAAAGCCAGUUCUGCAUCUCCGAUUGCAGAUAGAUGAUCUCCCUUGGAAGAGUACGCGGCAGCUCGAUUCGAAUAGUAGAUGGGAUUCGAGGGAUCGAGGGCGAUUGCUUGAGUGUAGGAAUCGAUGGCUUCAUCAAACUUCUUACUCGACAUCAAGGCAUUUCCUCUCUGCUUGAGUUCCUCGGCUUUUACUUUAUCUUCACCAGAGGGACCUUUCUGCUGUGUCGAGGUAUUAGAAGCAGAUCCCACUUUAUCUCUAGUCUUCAAGUAAACAUCGAAUAUGCUUUGUAAGGUGGCAGGUUUCACGCUGAGCUUCUCGACCUGUUUCGAAUCAGAGGGAUCUACACCAAAAGCUUCACCUAUGCAUUGCACUACGCGACAGGUUUAUGUUCGAGUAGUGGUCAGAAAGGUAUCACAGCGACGGACCUGCGACCUCCAAGCUUUCCCUGUCAUCCGCCUUCACAGUUCCAUCCGCGAUAGAUUGGUUGAGAAAGUUUAUGAUAGAAAGGACCAGCCGUUGCUGCUUUUCUGAAGACAUGGCUGCCGCUUGGUAUAAAUGAAAGGCCGAGACAAUCAAAGGUAAACACACAAAUUCAAACCCAACACCUGUCCACUUCUGCCAUGUUCUUCUGCGCAAUAUCUGGCCUUCCUCCACAGGAGCCAGUAGUAUCCACCAAAUCUGGAAAGGUUUACGAACGACGUCUGAUUGUGAAACACAUAGAGGCCAAUGGCACUGAUCCCGUAUCUGGCGACAAACUGGAGGAAUCCGACCUCAUUGCCAUAAAAGCCUCCCCCGAAAACGCUGCUCCCAGGCCGCCGAACCAAACUUCAAUUCCAGCUCUGCUUCACACACUACAAAAUGAAUGGGAUGCCCUUGUUCUGGAAACUUUUGCGUUGAAGCAGCAAUACAAUGCGACAAGGCAAGAAUUGAGUUAUGCGUUGUAUGCUCAAGAUGCUGCUAGUCGUGUUGUAGCGCGCUUGAUUAAAGAAAGGGAUGCCGCUCGAGAAGCCCUUGCCAGCGUUCAGACCUCCAUGGGAAUUACGUCUAGCGGUGCUGAAGACGUGGAGAUGGCCGAAGAAGCACCUACCGAGGGUCUUCCCAAGGAGGUGAUAGCUCAGAUCAAUGAAACACAGCAGACACUCUCUGCCGCUCGCAAAAAGAGAAAGCCACCCGCAGGAUAUGCAACUGCCGACGAAGUCAAGUCUUUGUCACCUAAGCAGACUGUACCCUCUCUCCAUUCCGCUUCACCUCCUGGUAUUACCACCCUUGCCAUUUCCAGCGCCAACCCCAGCCAGUUUUUGACUGGGGGCAACGACAAAAUCGUUCAAUUAUAUGACCGCAGUACAGACAAGGUACUUGCCCAGUUGAAGGGACACACAAAGAAGGUUACCCAUGUCGCCAUCCGGGACAAGGAGGGAGAACCGACUCUACUGCUUUCCGCCAGCGCAGAUAAAAUUGCCAAAGUAUGGUCGCACGACGAAGCAUCACAGGAAUACAUUCCGAAGUCAACUAUUCGUAUUCACAAAGGGGAGUUGACUGGUCUGGCAGUUCACCCGACCAACACUUUGUUUGCACUAUCUUCCACGGAUAAGACAUGCUCUUUGCACGAUUUGUCCACAUUUGACAACGUUUUCCGAUCGGCACCGGCAGAAGAUCCUUUUACCGCUUUGUCUAUUCAUCCUGACGGCGCCCUUAUUGCAUUAGGAACACCGAACUCAACGAUACAGAUUUUUGACAUUCGCGUUGGAGGAAUUGCUGCAUCGUUAACUCCUGCAGACGGUACACCAUUCACGGUCAACUCUCUCUCGUUUUCUGAGAACGGUUACCACCUCCUUUCGCCGAACUCCUCGUCCUCAGUCAACAUCUGGGAUUUGCGUAAACAGAAGGUUUCUCAAUCUAUCGACCUCGGAGACAACUUCAAAAUCAAUACUGUCAUGUAUGACCUUAGCGCUCAGUAUUUAAGUGUUGCUGGGAGUAAGGGAGCACGUGUCUACAUGAACAAAACUUGGGAAGAGUUGGCUAGGUUUGAGGAGGGUGGGGAGGUGACCACUCUCGCCUUCGGAAAUAGUGGGAAGGAGAUUUUGGGUGUUACCGGGCGGGAGGUUAGAAUUUGGGGCUUACCUGCGUGAUUCAUUUGUUUCCCCCCGUGCCUCUGAAAUUUACUCUCCUUCCUUGACCGUCUGGGCAUCGAAGAAACUCAUGACGAGCACAGUUGUCGUGUUCUUAACAAUAAACUCGUGACCAUUGCAGCAGUCAUUUCGUGUACGUAAUUACAGAAGACAAUCAUGAAUGGGAAAAUGGUGAAUGUCGAAGACAGAGAUGAUAGUGAAUGAGCGUAAAAGACAACUAGUGUCAUGAUAUCCUUGGUGGUAUAUGAUACAGUAAUGAUAAGGAUAAGUAAACAGGCUGGGUCUACCGGAAAUCCAAAAGAAGUAGACAAAUGAUAACGCUCUACUACCAAGAUGAAGGACCAAAACCUGUUUCGGGAGGCAUUUUGAACGGUAGUCCCAUGAAGUCGGCAGUAUUUUGCAUGAUGGUAUUCCCAAUCCAAACGACCUGCUUAUUUGUGGGUAGACUGAUGCAGAAGAAGAUGACGAUGAGGCAAAGUGCAAGACCGGCAUCUAAGCCAGCUGAAAGAAUGAAGUUGUAGCGCAUCCACCAUUUGAAGUGGCGGCGGCGGAUGACGAAGUUAAAGAUGAAUCCAACCAAUGCCCACGAGGCGUAGUUAAUUCCGGUAGCGGGAGGAAAUGCACCAACUCCGAUAAACAUAAGGGGAAUGUUCACGUAUCUCCAAAUUGAGAGAGGGUAGCGACGGGCGAGGAAGUAGAAAGGAAUAGGAAGAACAGCUCCAAUCAGAAGGAACCAGAGUGUGAAAUUGUACGGCUGGCCAGGACUGAACAUACGUUGAGGUCCAACAGCACCCCAUAUGACGGUGGCAGUACCAAACAGGUUCUGCGCUGGGCAGGUAAAGCCAUUCUUCUGAUGCGGUGUGCAGAUAUCCUCAAUAUUCACCAAGGCCCAGUUUUGCACGCCGAUCACAACGAAGCAACUGAUAGUCGUCGCGACGACCUGGAUCAUGAACAUCAUACGAGGAGGUACCUUCAUGUAAUGGCCGAGUUUCAGAUCACCGGCGAAAGCGACUCCUUGAUUAGUUCCAGUAUAAGCAAUAACCUUGAAGAUACCGUUGGCGAUAGGCCGGUUGGGGAACAUAUAACCAGCGAUGAGUUCGUACAGUACCUGCAUAUUGCUGAUCCUUUGGUUGGUUAAGGCUUGCAGGAUGGACAUGGGUAACGCGAGGAUGGCGGCGAUCGCAAGCGCAAUGAAACAUGCCCAAACGGGGAGCUCGGUGGGGAAGAGGUGAAUGCCGAUAAGCAGAAACACCAAGGAGACUGCUCCGAGGGCUCCGUACCACCACAACGGGGCUUCAGGGUAAGCCUGCAUGAGACGGGAGUGCACAUCGCGCUCGUCCUUCAGAGAGCUACGGAGGCGGCGACCGAUGUCCUUUCGGAA